AUGGUGGGUGUUCAGAAGAAUCAAAGGGAUGCCAAAACAAUACAAGAGAAAGAUUAUUUUCCAAAGUUUCUCAUGUUGCCACUGCCGUUCACAAAAAUAAGGUCAAAUGAGACUACACCAAAAAGAGUUGAGGAUAAAAAGCCAAACUCACCACAAAGCUCAAAGAUCGAGUCAUUCAGAUUCACUGAAACCUGGUCGCAACUCCUAGAACCCGAAAACCUCCAAGAGUUCACUAACAUGGACGUCGGAAUAUACAUGAAUGGGAACAUAAUGUAUUUAUUUUUUGAAAAUUUCCUGAUGGAUGCAAUCUUGGGAGAAAACUUUCAAGGCCCAGCAGCAGUGUACAACCACGGUAGAAUUCUAUCAGUAAAUAAUGAAUGUUUGAACAGAGGAAUAAAGAAAGGAAUGUAUGUCGAAACAUCACUAGAUAUAUGUAAAGAUAUGAAACUCGUUAAGUACGACUGGGAUAAGGUAAACGAAAGAGGAUUGCGAAUCAUUAGGCUCCUGAAAAAAUAUACGGAUCGCAUUCUCUCUCCGCAAUACAACGAGUUUUAUCUACAGAUUUCAUAUACAGAAUGUAGAAACUUGCUGGAAACCGUUUGCUCAAACACAGAUGAGAACAUUUGUAACCUUGCAAUCCAGAUCUCAAGAGAAGUCCCUGGAGAUCCAGUAAUAGGUAUUGGAAAGAACAUGCUUGUCUCAAAGUUGGCAUCAAAAAGGUGUCGAAACCUGAAAAUCAAUUCCCAAGAAUCUGAGUACGAUUAUGACCUUUCACCAGUCCUCUGUAUAACGUCAAUUUAUGGUGGGUGUUAUAUGGUUUCAGAUAAAAUUUGUAUAGUGACCGAUGGAUUCAGGUUCCUAAACAACGUUUACUUAAGUGAGAUUCCUGGGGUGGGUUACCUCUCCCAAGUUUUGAAGAGUAAGGGCCUAGUAACGUGUAAUGAUGUUCGUAAGAUAGGUACACCCUUGUGUUUGCAAUCAGUUUUGGGAGGCAGGAUUGGUAAACUGGUAUACAAUUUCUGUUUCGGGUAUGAUUACAGAUGCGCAAACUUGCCCAAGAAACAACAGGAUUUCUUUUUGAACAAAUCAUUCAUGAGCUGUGUAACGAUCGGAUCACAAAAUUCCAGCAUCUCAAUUUGUGAUAAUUGUACUCAAAAUUCAACCAAACAGAAUGAACCAGAAAAGGAACAAGAGGAAUCAAAGUCAAGUUCUAAAGGACCAAGUCAAGAAACUGUAGGGGAUAGUGAAGGAGGUAAUCUUGAAAGAGGAUCUGAAGAAAGAGUGCUUAGAAAAUUACUCAGCAAAGUAUUAAAAGAUCUUUGUUCUGUGUAUUCACUAUUUGACAAGUGUAUUAUUAAUUAUUCCAUCAAGUACAAAUGCAGUGUUAAACUACAUAUACACUCUGACACCCAAUACACCAAGACUAUCACUUCUAUCCUGGACAAACAGUCACUGAGACACACAAUCAACAGUCUAUACGACAAAAUUAAGAGUGAAUUCGGAAUUGAGUUUUCCCAAAUAAAAAAGAUGGAGCUGGAAAUACUCGAUGUCGUUAGAGUUGAGCAAGAUAACACAAUCAUCGAUAAGUUUUUGAAGGAAAGGAAUCCAACAAGCCAAGAAUCACAAAGCCCUUUCAGAUUUUCGUUUCCUUCAUCAUCUAGUGCUACAGUUACUCCUAAUGACUCCAUAUAUUCACCAAGUGAAAUGUGCACUCCCACACGUAGACUAAACGGCUGGAAACUGGACUCCAUUUCUCUAGAUUCCAAGACACCUCAAAGUCAAACUAAAUCGAUAAGCUCCAUCAGUGCUUCUAGAACUCUUAAUACUCCGAAUAUUCUAGGAUACCUGGAAUUCAAAGGGCAAGUUUCACAAAAAUCUAAUCCCGAUUCCAGUGUUGACUCCAAGACUAGGACUCCCUCCAGGUCACGCAGGUCUCUAAAACUUUCUAGGGGACAGAAAUAUAUCACUGAGUACCUCUCUCCGUCGAAGUUUGAAUUUUCUUAA